AUGUUGCAAGUGUGCCUCAUCAUUUUGGCUACAUCGCCGUUCGUACUUUCUCACGGACAUGGUUGCGGAGGUGGAGGCGGUGGUUACGGUGGCGGAGGUGGUGGCUACGGAGGCGGUGGCUUCGGUGGCGGGGGAGGUCUUGGAGGUGGUGGCGGUGGAGGUUACGGAGGUGGAGGGGGUGGUGGAGGCGGUUGCGGACCACCACCAGCUUGUCCACCGCCGCCUCCGUGUCCCCCAACCCCAUGCCCACCACCACCGCCUUGUCCAGCGCCACCACCUCCACCGCCGUGUCCACCACCAUCUUGUCCGCCCCCUCCACCUCCCCCACCAUGCCCACCGACACCUUGUCCUCCACCACCCCCACCUCCGCCUUGCCCGCCGGCAGACUGUCCUCCUCCACCUCCAUGUGAUUGUGGUGGCGCAGGUGGCGGAGGUGGUGGGGCGGCAUAUGUGGGUGGAGCAGGUGGCGGUGGCGGAUGCGAUGGCGGUGGCGGUGGUGGAGGCGGUGGCGGAGGAGGAGGAGGGGGAUGUGGCGGUGGCGGAGGAGGAGGAGGUGGAUGUGUAAGUUUUUUUUUGAAUUUUUAA